CAUCCUCUGCUCUGGGGCGUACAUACUUGUACAAACUAAAACUUGGGAGCUGUUGUUCUUCGAAGGCAGUAAAAAAUCACACAUGGAAAAUGGAAAUGAUGAAAAAGGUGAAGCAGAGGCUGUGAUAAUUGGGGGUAUGGUGUUAGAUAUUCACGCCACUCCUUCUAUUCCUCCAAACCCUAGAACUACAGCUCCUGGCAAGGUGCAAUAUGCAGCAGGUGGUGUAGCAAGGAACAUUGCUGAGUGCGUAUCGAAACUUGGAACAAAGCCUUACAUGAUAAGUGCAUUAGGAUUGGACAUGCCAGGGAAUUUGCUGCUGGAAUACUGGAAGUCUGCAGGAUUAUCAUUAGAAGGCAUUCGAAUGAGCCAUGAGAUUGAGACUCCAGUUGUAUGCAUUGUCUUUGAUACCGAAGGAGAACCGUCGGCUGCUGUUGCAAGUGUUGAAUCACUUGAACGGUUUCUUACACCCGAGUGGGUCGUACAAUUUAAACGCAGUAUAGCAUCAGCUCCUAUCAUGAUGGUUGAUGCGAACUUAAGUCUACCAGCUCUCAAAAUGUCUUGUCAGCUGGCAACAGAAGUUGGUACCCCAGUGUGGUUUGAGCCUGUAUCUGUCGCAAAGUCGAAAAGAAUCGCUUCCGUUGCCAAGUAUGUAACGUUUGCUUCACCUAAUGAAGACGAGCUAAUUUCGAUGGCAAAUUCUCUAUCUAACAAACAAAAACUCCCCACAAUUACAAAAAAUAACAACACCACAAUAUCAUCUCUAUUUCAACAACUAAAACCCGCAAUAUGGGUUUUACUUGAAACCGGCAUCAAAGUGGUUAUUCUAACCCUCGGUUCAAAAGGCGUAUUAUUAUGCUCUAAAGGACGGUUCAACUUUAAACAUAUCGGGCCAAAAAGAAACGACAGGUCACAUGAAAUAGGCAGAAGGUUAUACGAUACCAUAAGUCAACUCUGCCCAUCUGAACGGUUUUUUAGUGCAUUAAGGCUUGAAGAAAGGUCUAGUAUGAGCCCGUAUGUGGUGCAUUUUCCAGCUGUCGAAUGUGCGUCAGUUGUGAGACUGACGGGUGCUGGUGAUUGUUUGGUUGGUGGAGCGGUUGCUUCGAUUUGUGCGGGUUUAGAUGUUAUGCAAAGUGUUGCGGUUGGAAUUGCGGCUGCUAAAGGUGCUGUUGAGGUGGAGACAAAUGUACCUAAUGGUUAUAAUUUGGAUCAAAUUGCAGCCGAUGCACGAUCAGCGUACUUGGGUGCCAAGGUUGUUUUUUGUGAAUCGACACUGUGAAACACUGUCUGCAAGGGAUUCCUAGACGUCAAAAUGAAGCAUAUUUUACAAGUCACUUUUGAAGGCUUGUCCGAUCGUUAAUCGGUUAUUAUACGAAAGUGAACACUGUGUACUGACAUUCAACCGCAAGUGCUAUUUGGAUGUUUGAAACUCUUGAUUUUUCUUGAGGAUUUAGUUAUAAAUUCAGGGGCCAAUGCGAGCUCUAUAUCUAAAGCCGUAAGCUGAGUUCGUUGCUAACUUUUUAAGCUUGAGUUUGGCUUAGAUUUGGCUCUGCUGGUGUAUUAUUUAUUCCAUAUUUGAUUAUCCUGUUUAUAUACUCCUAUUUUAAUAUAAA